AUGUCCCUGUCGCCACCAGGGGCGAAAUUUUUUUUUUUUUUUAUGGUGUCAUUUUGGAUUCUGCGACUUUUCCUUUGUGUGUGUUUGUGUGUAGGUUUCAUCUGCAUUGAUUGUGCGACGUGUACACGUCUUGUUUGUACCGCGGUGCUUUGCUCCGCCUCCCUUUCUUUCAACCUUUCAAUUCACUGUUUCUGUGGAUUAUUUGCUGCCUGUGGUCGAUCGCAGGGGCAUCGUGCUGCCACCGCGCCUUUUAUUUUACUUUGCAUCUUUUUAUUUUUAUUUUUAUUUUGCCCGCACGUAUCAUUUGUAAUGUGCGUUUCUAUCGUGCGGCUGUGCGGUGCCGUAAGUGUCAUGCCGUCGGGACCUAAGGAACAGAAGCCGGUUGCGGCGGCCGGGGGGAAGCGCACACGCAGUCGAUCCCCGUCGGCCACAUCGCCGAAGAAACCCGCCACGCGUUCCACGCGAAUUCGUACGCCGACACCACCUUCCCGCUCGCUAAAUUCUGCGGGUGCGGAGGCGACAUCUCCCAAUCGUCCCCUCGCGGCCGUAUUGACCGCCCCGCCACCGUCGGACGAUGACACGAGGAAGACGGAGAAGGAUAUUUGGAGCCAAGUGGAGCCCUUCCAGCGCCGAACAGCGGCGAAGGAUUUCGACAGCAAACAUAUGCUGAAAUUCAUCACGUGGAAUGUUGCUGGCCUGCGUGGGCUGCUGCGGAAGGAUGACCAGGCGAUCCAACGACUGCUCGAGGAGGAGGGGCCGGACGCGUUGUGUCUGCAGGAAACGAAGCUGAACCCGGACGAUCCACAAAAUGAAAAGUUGGGCGAGGUGCCAGGGUACCGCUUCGUCGACCACGUCUGCCGCGCAAAGAAGGGGUACUCUGGCACACGGACGUACAUCAAAAAUACGGCGGCCGCGGAGUGGAAGACGGUCACCGUAAAGGGAUUUGACACCUUGAAAAGCCCGCAGGAUGUCGGUCAUAGUGAAGGGGAUGAGGAGGGACGCGUUCUCACCACGUACUUUGGGACGCAAGGAAAGGGCAGCGAGACUUUUGCCCUGGCGCUGGUGAAUACAUACAUCCCCAACAGUGGGAUGUCGUUGGAGCGCCUCCCGUACCGCUGCCAGAAGUUUGAUUUGCGGAUCCGGCAACAUUUAUGCACCUUGGGACGCUCUUGCAACCACGACAAGGAGGAGGGCGACGCCCCGUCACUCGCAGGUUUCAUCUGGGCAGGCGACCUGAAUGUCGCCGAGCGUGACUACGACCGUUACUUUGCCGGCUCCUACAAGGCGAUGCAGAAGUGCAGCGGCUUCACCCCGGAGGAACGCGCCUCGUUCCGUGAAACAUUGCGGGUGGCAAAUGCGGUGGACACCUUCCGUGCGUUGUACCCAAAGGCGGCACCCGUUUACACAUUUUGGUCCGCGCGCAUCAACGGCAGGGCCCGGGGCCUCGGUUGGCGGCUGGACUACUUCGUGGUCUCCGCCGCGUUGGCCCGCCACGUCGUGGACUGCUUCACGAUGCCCCACGUGAUGGGGAGUGAUCACUGCCCGCUGCAGAUGUGGCUGCGCAGGUGA